AUGUUCUCCUCUCAAACAGUGAUUUCACUGAGUCCAUCUGUCUGUCUUUCCGUCCGUCCGUCUGCAGGACAGUGGAACCCCAAAGAAUGGUCGGCCCUCCAGGUGUUCAGGAUCAGCCUGAUGACAUCAGAGAUCAUCUCCAUGGAGACAGAGACGCAGAGGCGGGGUUUGAAGGCCAUAUUUGACCUGCAGGGAUGGAGUCUGGGUCAUGCGUUCCAGGUUAACCCUUCCAUCGCCAGAAAGAUAUCCUCUGUGUUAUCGGAAUCUUUUCCAUUGAAGGUCAGAGGGAUCCAUCUGGUCAAUGAGCCGAUGUUCUUCCGGCCAGUCUUCGCCAUGAUCUCUCCUCUUCUGCCAGAAAAGAUCAAACGAAGGAUCCACAUGCACGGUUCUGAUUUCCAUGAGAGUUUAUGCGACUUCUUCUCGCCGCACGUCCUUCCUCCUGAGUAUGGCGGCGAAGGGCCAGACAUAGAAAAGGCGUGUCAGGAUUGGACCAAUCAUCUUUUCCAGUCUGAGAAGCUCCUCCAGCAGAUCGCUGCUCACCCUACAGGAGACAUCUCCGUCACAGCGGAGGAUUCCCUGAUCCUGGAGGACGUGGACACAGACCGACUCUCAGAGUGACCAUGUUUGAACUUUGGACCAUCGGCCCAAACAAGGACUGUUGUUUUGUUGUUUUUGGACCAACCUUGGACUCUGUUGGCAGAGUUUUUUAAGGACUAUAACACUGAAGUCGUUCAUGUGGGAUCCCAGCAGCGUAGGGACGGUGCUGCCCUGGCAUGAUGAAUGUCUCUUUUUGUAUUCUCCCAGAUCAGAUUUUUCUCAUGGAUCCUAAGGAGAAAGACUCAGUUCAUGUUGAGAGUUAGACUUUACAGAGAUUAGAUAUUGCUCCUUGAAGUGGCUUUUGUUUGCACACCACAUGUCAGUGUUUUCUAUGAAGUUUUAUGGAAGCUCAUAUAUAUGCAGUUUAUAAGAGUCCUGGUCUGGACACAUCACCAUGUAAAUAUUCCAGCCUUAGUGUCCAGUGAAGCACACUGUGACACGUAGCCACACUGAGGCUCCAGCCCUCCCCGACGUGCCUGGAAGUGCAGCGGCCCAUCAAACUCUGGAUUCACCUUUAACUGUUGUCCAAGCUGCAAGCAGUGGAUCUCGAUCUCAUUCUCUUUCCAAAUGAGUUAAAGGUGCCUGAAAACUCAACAAACAUCAGUGUGAUAAAACUUUAGAUGUCAUGGGCCUUGGAAGUCAGCCAUGUAUGUGUAACCUCUGCUUGUAAUCAAACCUCCCUCCCUCCUGUAGUAAUGAUGCUGAAUGCUGAAUGCUGUACGAACGUCACAUUAAGAUAUUUCUUUAUUUGACUGUUUUUGUCAAAUAAUGCUGAAUGUUUGAAAGAGUCUUAAUAUUUCCUAAACAGAACAUUUUAUUGAUUUUCACAGCUCAGUAUUUGUCAUUUGAUCGGCCAGAGAGACAUAAGUUGUUUUGUUAUCAUGUGAGCCACACUGAUCAAAAUGUAGUGAUGCCUUUUCGCCACGUUAGCCACAAAUAGCAUUAUUAUUAGGGCCCGAGCACUGACACGCAGUGGUGGCGAGGCCCUAUUAUAUCCCAAAGGAUCGCUAGGAUUCUUCCGCCGCUCCAAAGCCAAAUUUGCAUGCCUCAACGUGGACCAAAACUCACCAAAAUGUGUCCCAAAGUCAUCCCAUUUAUGUAUCUUGGGGCUCUUAAAGUGCAGCACAGCAACACCUGCUGGACAUCAGGCAGUGGCACACAUCAGGCUAUGCUUGUGCGAGGGCCCGCUCAUAUCUUCUUGCAGUUUUAAUUAUUAAUAAAAUGAUAGUAUUACAUAUUAAAAAACCUGUCUCUGUUUAGUUACAUUAAAAAUGUGUUCAGAGUUGAUGUGAUGAAUUGACUGUGAUGUCAGUAAUCUCACCUGGAAGGUUAUUUUACUCACAUCUCAGUCAGACGUCACAACCCCUCCAUGUCCUGGAUAUUUAAAGCCUGCUCACAUGUUUCUGAGAGAUGUUAACAGUUGGAUGGAUAAUUCAGCGUGUGAUGUUUGAACGAUGAAAGGAUGUUUUUAAGCUGUGAAGAGUUUCAGAGGAUCAGCUGAUCAGGUAGAGAAUUGUACUUGAUGCAGUUUGUUUGCAUGAAUGGGAAAUUCAAAUCUUGUGUAUAAGACGAUGUAAAUGUUCAGAGACUUGAGCUUAACUUUUUAAAAAUGCUUUUAUCACCUGAGAACUGAGCCGGAGAGAAGGAGGAGAACUGUGAAGAUAAAUCACUUUUAACAGCU